AUGAGCAGCCGCUACCAGAAGCUCUUCACGAUUCCGGACGGGUUCCCGGCCCUCCUGAAGAACUUCACGCGCGAGAUCCUCCGCGACCAGCCGGAGAACAUGUACGAGUACGGCGCGCACUACUUCACCAACCUGCUGCGCGUAGCCGGUGGAGAGCACGACAUGCUGGCGGAGGAGCCCUCGCUCGACAUCGCGAACAUGACCGUCGGGGAGCUCGAGGAUAUCAUCAACGAGAUGUUCCGGGAAGCGGACGAGGACGGCUCGGGGCAGCUGGACCGCCGUGAGUUCAGGCAGGCGCUGGCGUCGGCCAAGCUCGGGCUGACGCGCCGGGAGGUGGACCGCAUCAUGUCCGAGGUGGACGACAACGGCGACGGCCUCAUUGACUGCCAGGAGUUCCUCCCGCUCGCCAUCGACCUGCUGCAGUCGCUCCAGGCGCAGCGCGCCGCCAACACGGUCACGGCCGAGAACGAGCAGCGCGCCGCGGCGCGCGCCGAGAGCGCGAUGGUCAAGGGCAUGACGUCCGAGCAGCUCGAGGCCAAGUGCCUCGCGAUCUUCAAGCGCGCGGACGUCGACAACAGCGGCACGCUCAGUCGCCGGGAGUUCCGCCAGUCCCUGCAGCAGGCCGACCUGGGCCUCACGCGCAAAGACAUCAACUCGCUCAUGACGCUCGCGGACGUCGACGGCGACGGCUACAUCUCCUACACAGAGUUCGCCCCGAUGGCGCACCGCAUCCUCAUGGAGCGCCUCGCGGCGGACCUCGUCGAGAACGAGGCGUGGGAGUCGUCCAACGCGCUGGCGCAGGCCAUGAUCAAGUCCUUCCAGCAGCACGACGUGGACGGCACGGGCUCGCUGUCGAUCAAGCAGAUCCGCGCGGUCCUGAACCAGAUGAGCAAGGACUGGCUCGGGCUCUCCCGGCUCCAGAUCGCCACGCUCAUGGCGCUGCCCAUCUGUAGCCGGGAGGGUGCCGACUCCGGCGGCGUGCGGUACGCGACGUUCGCGGCGUCCGCCGCGGAGGCGGUGCGCGGGAUGAUCAACGUGCAGGAGGCGUCAGAGCGCGCGAAGGCGGUGAACGACGUGCGGAAGAUGCAGGCGGUGAAGUCGCUGCAGUUGCGGGACCCGGGGAGCCUCGCGGAGAUCCUGACGCUGACGUUCAAGACGGCGGACGCGGACGGGAGCGGGAAGCUGUCGGUGACGGAGGCCACGGAGCUCCUGCAGGGCGUGGGGGCCUCGCAGCUGCGCCUGAGUCAGCCGCAGCUGCGCGCGAUCGUGAACGCGAUCGACGACGACGGGUCCGGGCAGAUCGACUACGAGGAGUUCGUGAACUUCGCGCUCGAGGUCCUCGGGACGAUGGAGGAGCACGGGGAGAACAUCGCGGACCUGUACGACUCCCCCGCGCCGAGCCCGGGGGGGAGUCCGCGCGGGGACGUGUCGCCCGCGCCCGAGGACGAGGCGGCGCCCGAGGACGAGGCGGCGCCCGAGGAGGAAGAGGAGGCGGCGCCCGAGGAGGAGGCCGGCGAGGAGGGUGAGGAGGAGGGGUGA